AUCGUCUCAAUGUAGAUAUUCAUUAGUUCAUAGUCCCCUAACAAGGUCCUCCCGUCGCACAAUGUGGUUCAAGUGUUUGUUAUAUUUCGGGCUAACCAGCCUUAUAGGUUGUGAAAAAAGUUUCACCGUAGUGUUAGAUACAACUAAGUCUAUGUUAGAAGAGAUUGUUACAAUAAAAGUGAAUUUACAAUCCAUUGUUAACAUGUCUGGUAGUGAUAUAAGUAAUUAUAUUUUGGUGCCAUUCAAUGAUCCGGAUGUUGGUACACCCAUCAUUGUACCGACUUUACCACAGUUUUUAACAGCUGUGAAUGCCAUCACAGUAUCUGGUGGACAAAAGUGCCCAGAAAAUUCGCUUGCUGGCAUAGAAAAGGCAUUACAAAUAAGCAAACCAAAAUCUACAAUUUUCAUGUUCACGGACGCCUACGCAAAAGACGUUAGCAAGCUUCAGUCUGUCGAAACACUAUGUCGAAGCACUCGCAGUCAGGUGAUGAUAUUUCUGAGUGGUUUCUGUUCUCCCGAAUUGUCUCCAGGUGUAACUGAUCAAGUGUAUUACGACGUAGCUAAAGCUUGCUCAGGAUCAGUCCUGCUUCUAGAUACUGCGUCUUUAAGGCAGGCUUUCACUUUUAUGAAAGAGGUAAUAAAUGAGACGUGGACUGAUAUUAUUACCUAUGAGACUUUUACAGAAAACAAGCAACUUACUUUUUCAGUUGAUUCCUUUACAAAGACGUGGUUACUGGUUGUUUCUGGAGAUAACCCCAGAGUAGAUUUAACUAUACCUAAUACAAAUCAGAGUGUGGAUAAAAUACUGGACACGAGAACUACUCAGGUUCUUCGAUUAUCAGAGCCAUCGGCCGGCGAGUACACUAUAUCGGUGAGAUGUAGAAACAAGACAUCGGCUACUUUGUACAAAAGGUACGAGUUGCCACUGCGAUUCGGUUUCUCUACUAAAACUCCGAGAAGUAUGAAUGAAACCAGCACACAACCGAUGCCAGGUAGACCGAAUAAAAUCCUGAUAGAUGCUUCGCAAAGUAAGAUGAAACUUGAAGCCAUACAUUUACAAGUAACUAAUGAAGUAGAGAAGAAAGUUCUAGAGUUGAAAGAAAACCCCUCAGACUUGUAUUUAACCGAAGCGUUCGUUGGUUCAGACCAAGAAUUUCGUUUAUGGAUAAAAGGCUAUGACUUGGACACACUGAAAGAGAUUGUAGUUUCAUCGCAAAGUUUCGUCCCUCAGCAAGUUGCUGUAAUGGAUACUACGUGGAUAAAACCUGAAUCACAAAUAUUAGAUACCGAAGUAAAAACUAUAGAGUUUGGCUUCAAUGCGACGUUUGCAUGCAAAGUUACCGGUUACCCAGCCCCUGAAGUUUCGUGGGUGAAUGAGGAAGGAGAAACAUUACCUUCAGAGACCAUUCUGCUAGAAGUACCAUCACUAUAUAUAAGUUACGUUACCAUAGAAAAUGUCACAGCAAAUUCUACAAUCUAUUGCAAAUCGAAAAAUUCUGAAGGCGACGAUUCCCAAAGUAUAAAUUUCAAUGUACAUAGACCAUACACAUUUGAGGUUCUACAGACUCCUGAAGACCAGACAAUAGAAUAUGGUGGCGAGGGUAAAUUAUUCUGUCAAGUCUCAGCAUAUCCCGUGGCAGAGACUAAAUGGUACCACAAUGACACUAUAGUAACUUCAUCGGAUGAAAUUCAAGUAGAUUCGGAGACCAACGCUUUGUGGAUUAAAAAUAUGACUUUAAACACUUACGGUGAAUAUAAAUGUGAAUUAAAGAAUGAAGUCAACGAAAAAACAUUUACCGCCUUUGUGAACAUUUCUGGAAUAGAGGCACCUCAGGUAGCAGUAGAUACUACAAAUGUUGUUCUAAAAUUAGGAGACUGGAGUUAUCUGGAAUGCAGAAUUAUCAAAGGAAAACCAUCUCCCAUGAUUACUUGGACGUUUAGAUCUGAAGAUGGAUAUGAGUUUGCCUCAUUACCAGAUGGUGUGGUCGCUGAUGAUGGCAAAUUGAAAAUAGCAACAGCUCAACCCAAUCAUAAAGGCGUCUACAGAUGCGAAGCUAGCAAUGUGGAAGGGCAUCAUUCAGCUGAUAUUACUGUACAACUUCAGUAUCCACCAACAAUAACCAACGGCGAUCAGCAUACUCUGACGGUGAAAGAAGAAGAUGAUGUGGUGUUACCAUGCAAGGUGGACGCGUCACCUCCAGCCACUGUCCGCUGGGAGAUGUCCCAGGAUGAUGUCAUCAUCAGUCUAGACGAUAGACAUCGCACUGAUCAUCGAUACACUCACCGUUUCAAGGCUUUAUGGAAGGACUCAGGAAACUAUCACUGUAUUGCCGAAAAUAGUAUCGGCAGAGCUGAGAAGACCAUCACAGUUAAUGUUUUAGUGGCACCAUACAUUGAAGCUCCGAAAGAAAAGACCGUGCUUGCAAGAACUGGUGGCAAUCUUGUCUUAACUUGCAACGUCUUGUUUGGUAAUCCAGUGCCAUCCACAAAAUGGGAGUUCAUAGCAACCGACUCAAGUACCAAGAUACUGUUAAGGGGCAAUUCUUCAAGUUUGCUUCAUCUGAACAACGUGUCCUACAAGAAUGAGGGAUCCUACCUCUGCAUCGCCGAUAACACUGUGGGCAAUGACAGCAUCAACAUAUACGUAAAAAUACAAUAAAACAUAACUUAUAUAAUCUCACCUACAAGAGAAGACUUCACUCCACUUUCACUUCUAAACUCCUUCCCUGCAGGUAUAGAUCGAAAAUCCAUUUUUAAAUUAAUGUUUUUAGUCAAUAAAACUAUAAAUAAAUUCUUA